AUGCCAAUAGUAGAACGAUUUUUUAGGCGCCUCUCCUCCUCUUCCUCCCCCUUCCCACUCCCUCCCUCUUCGUUCUUCCGUCUUCUCUGUUCCCUCUUCCAAAUCCCUGUCUUCCCUCAUUCCCCUCAUCUUCCCUCAUCUUCCUUCAUCUUCCCUCCUCGUCCCUCCUCUUCCCUCCUGUUCCUCCCAUCCUCCUCCCAUCGGCAUCUUGCCAGUCCAUGCCAUAUCGCCAUAGGGGGGGGAGGAGGAUUGGAACGGGGGGUGGGGGGAGGGAUUGGGAAGGGGGAGGGGGCGGGUGGGGAGAGAAGGGGGUUUGAGGGGGGUCAGGGUCAGGAGGUGGUGGGUGGGCUGGGGGAGGGGGUGCUUGCAUGGGCAGGUGUAUCUGUGCAGGUGGCAUCUGCAUCGCUGGUCAAAUCAGAUCAAAUCCGAUCAUCCGAAGAUGUGAUCGGGCAGGUGGUGGAGUUUGAAAAGGAGGAGAUUGAAGCCCUGGAGGGCGGCAACGCUCGUCCACAUGUGACUGCCCUGGAGGGCAGCAACACGCGUCCACAAACUGAGGAGGCUCCAGAGGGCACACAGCAAGAGGGGGAGAGGAGUUGGUGGAGGUGGGAUGUGGGGAAGGGCGAACUGGUGCGGAGGGAGGGGCCAGAGGGGCUGGCGGACGGGCAGGAGACACUUUUAUGGCUGCCCGAGAUCGUGUACGAGGAUCUGGAGCUCAUGGACUUGAGAUAUUUCCAGGGCCUGCACUGCCCGGCCCCUGCCUGCCCUGCCUUCGCUCGCUGCCGCACUGGCCGCAGGCAGGCCGGCAGGGUGCUGGCGUGCACCGGAAACGACCCCUUAUUGAGCAACUCGUUAUCAGGCAACAUCGGCGGUGGUGUAUCCGGUCAGACAGCUUCAGCACACGUGUCAGGGCCUGCAUCUUUCGGCGUGUCAGAGGCAGAUUGGAUGGGCACCGUAGGAUCGGCUGCAACGGAUGCAUCAGGCUCGGCAUCUGCAGUGGGGUUAGGCUCGGCAUCAGUGGCUGGGCUAAGUUCGGAAUCAGGGGAUGCGUCUCCUCUGGUGGACGCCUCGCCUGUGCUCACCUCCCCUCCCCUUAACCACGUGAAGGAGAAUGCGAGCUACGAUGUGGCCAUUGCUGAGCCGUUUGCUGCACAGGUGUUCCUGCUAGAGAACGUCUUCAUAAACGACCGUGGCAUGGUGUUUGAUGCCAUGUACCACUACCGGCACGGGCUGCUGUGCAGGUCAUGCCCUCUGGAUUUCAGCCUGUACACAGGGAACGAAACCAAGGUGCACGUGUACAGUGAGCUGCUCUCAUUGGCCAAUUGGAAUGGUGGGAACUUCUACCAUUCGCUACUCGAGGUCAUGCCGUCUCUGCUCUACCUGCGGCCGUUCCUGGAAAAGAGACCCGACAUUCCAAUACCAGUGAAGAUCGACCAGGACAAGCACGCACGCCUCUUCUCCCUCAUCAACAUCAACGCGUCAUCUCUCAAUUUCCAGACAGUCCGCAAGGACCACCUGUUCUUCGCCCGCCGCCUGCUCCUGCCGUCCAUCGCGCAGUGCGGCCGCCCGGCCGCCGCCCUUGUCAGGCACCUGCGCAAUCAUUUCCUGCUCCCGCCGUCCGCCCCGAGAAUCAAAUCUCGGCACGAGCUGGCGCAAUUUUCCGGCUAUGCUGCUACAGCCAAUCCAGUUCCAACAGAUGUUACUGUCGGUUCUGAAGCUGCUGCCUCUACAGCUGCUGCUGCCCCAGGGGGUGGUGUGCUGGCGACACCUGAUUGGUGCGUGGUGGUGGGCCAGCGCGACACAACAAGACGGAUUGUGGGGCGAACGCACAUACUGGAGGAGCUGCAGGCAUUCUUUCCAAAAGAGAGGAUCGUGGUGUUCCAUGGUGACUUGCCUUUACCAGAGGCCAAGCAACUAUUCAACCGCGCUCGACUGUUCAUCACCCCUCACGGAGCCCUCAUGGCCAAUAUGGUCUUCAUGCCGCCCGGUGGCUUCGUGCUGGAAGCACGGCCUGAAGAUUUUGAUAAUAAUUUGUAUGAUUAUUUGGCUUAUGUGUCCGAUUUGCAUUAUUAUUUGGUGAAGGGCGUUGGCGGGAAGGAUACGGAUAUUAGUGUGGAUAUGGAGGAGAUGGUUGGGGUGGUGGAUGAGAUUUCAAAAAAGCUGAUUGCACAAGGCUUGUAG